AUGGCUGAUCCCCGUGUUGAAGAGCUCCCCGAUGAGGAGGUUCCCAAGACCAACGUCGAGGACGCUGGCAGCGACUCCGAGUCCGAGGCUGGCGAGGAGAGCAGCAUCCCCUCCGGUGCCGCCGUCACCAUCCACUCCCGUAACGAGAAGAAGGCCAGAAAGGCCAUUGGCAAGCUCGGCCUGAAGCACGUUCCUGGCAUCACCCGUGUCACCCUUCGCAGACCCAAGAACAUUCUGUUCGUCAUCAACCAGCCCGAUGUCUACCGCUCCCCCACCAGCAACACCUGGAUCAUCUUCGGUGAGGCCAAGAUCGAGGACCUGAACUCCCAGGCUCAGGCCUCUGCUGCUCAGCAGCUGGCUGCCGCUGAGGCCGCCGCUGGCGAGCACGCCGGUCACGACCAUGACCACGACCACGGCAAGGGCAAGGCUCCCGAGACCGAGGCCAAGAAGGAGGAGGAGGAGGAUGAUGGAGAGGAGGUUGAUGAGACCGGCCUCGAGGCCAAGGACAUCGAGCUUGUCAUGGCUCAGGCUAACGUGUCGCGCAAGAAGGCCGUCAAGGCCCUCCGCGAGAAUGAUAACGACAUCGUCAAUUCGAUCAUGGCCCUCAGCAUAUGA